GGCUCCCCCCAUCUCCCCCCGACAUCAGUCCGUCCAGCUUCCAGCUGCUGCAGCCGCGCCUUCACCGUCUCCGCAUCCAGCCGCCCCCUGCUCCGGCCCGGCAUGGCGACCCCGACCCAGGCCCCCACAAAGGUUCCUCAGGAACCUGAUCCAUUUUACUAUGACUAUGACACUGUGCAGACGGUGGGCAUGACUCUGGCCACCAUAUUGUUCCUGCUGGGCAUCCUCAUCAUUAUCAGCAAGAAGGUCAAGUGCAGGAAGGCGGACUCCAGGUCUGAGAGCCCAACGUGCAAAUCCUGUAAGUCGGAGCUGCCCUCCUCAGCCCCUGGAGGUGGUGGCGUGUAAAACCAGCCCUGGGCACCUCCACUGCUGUCCCUGCCUGAGUGCAGAAGCCUGAGGACCGGGUGGAGGCAGUGGGGACCCCAGCCUUGCGCCGGGGAGCGCUCCCCCGAAUGAGCCGCCCCACCCACCCGAGGCUGGUGCGGCUGCACCCCGCUGCCCCUCCCCAGGUCUUGGCAAUGACGACCCCCCAAAGAGCCCGUCUGCAUCCCGGACCCAGGGACUCAGGCCUCCAGCUCCUGGGGUCCAGGAGUCCAGCCCCAGCCCCCCAGAAUGCCCACGUAUUGCUCCCCUGCACCUCCCUGUCUCCCCUCCGAAGAUCGGUUUCCUUGCACCCUUGGAGUCUCUGUCUUGAGCUUAAUAAAUGUGCACUUGGUUUUUUCCCCUG